AUGCCAAAUCGAGCACCCUCCCCAGCCAUCACCUCCGGUUAUCAUGAUGACGGUGCAGCCUUCGCUCACGAAACGGACCACACUCCACUUUAUGGAUUUUUCCUCAUUCUUGUAUUAAUUUUUGCAAUCAUCAAGACAUUUAUUCACAAGAGCAUUGUAUACACGUUCCGAUUUUUGAAGAAAAUUAUUACGGGAAAAGACUAUGAAUGCGUGUUUUGUGGCUUACACAAAUUGGAUGAUGAAUAUAAUACUAUUGUGUUGUAUAGAGAUGAAAUUUGUUAUAUUGUUGAGGAUAUCAGACCUGAGGCAGAAUUUCAUUAUUUAGUCAUUCCUUUUAAACAUAUUCAUAGUAGACGAAAAAUUGAAGAUUUGGAGACAUUACGUGUGGUGAAACACAUGAAAAUUGUUGGACAGCAAUUUGCAAAGAGAAGACAUUAUGAAAUGUGGAAUGAAAUGAGCAGUAAUGGCAUUGCGGAAGAUAGAACCGGUUUCCAUUUACCUCCUUUCAACUCGGUAGAACAUUUACACAUGCACAUUUUGAUUGGAAAAUUUAAAAACUAUCUUUCAAAACUAGAAUUUACUCCAAACACCUAUUGGUACGCCACUUGUGACGACUUGAUCGAGGAUGCAAAGUCUAAGAAAAAAUCAAUGUAA